AUGAAGCAAGGAAUUGUAGUGUUGGUAGCACUAUGUGCUCAGAUCUUGUGUUCAGAUGGGUUCUCCACACCCGUAACGAUGCCCUCAAAGCUGAUAAUACCUACUGCCACAAGAAGUGCCGGUAGUAAGCAAGCACGGUCACCGACAGCGCUGCACGUGUGGUGGUUUGGUGGUACCGAGAGCGGCGAGACUACACUGGAUGGAGAUUCCUGUGAACUUGUUGCUGUCCGGAUCGACCGAACAUCUUCCAAUUCCAGGAAGAUCGCUGGUUCCAUUAGCAUUGAAGCGCCCCUGCGAGACGUAUGGGCCGUCCUCUCCGACUACAACCGGUUGGCUACCCAUGUACCGAAUCUCGUUGAAAGCCGAAUCGUAUCCACACAAUCCAAGGGAAAGGCUGGCGAUGGGUCUUUCCGAUGUAAGCUAUACCAAAAGGGAGCUCAGAAGAUUGUUGGCUUUGAAUUUGGAGCCAGUGUGACCAUGGCAAUGACGGAACGAAUCGUCGCAUCUGCUGAGACUCAAGAAGAACGAGUAAUUGGCUUUGAAUGCGUCGAUAGUUUCUUUUUUUCAGAAUUUGAUGGAGAGUGGAGGGCCACGGAACAAAUUGGAGAAAAUGGUGAGCUGGAAACAUCGCUUUCCUAUACGGUUGACGUGAGACCGAAAGGCCCUGUCCCAGUGGCAGCACUGGAAUGGCGCAUUCGAGAAGACGUUCCAACCAACCUUCGCGCUGUGAAAAAAGCAUCAAUGGGACUCGGGCCACUUGGAGUUCUAGAUUCCUUUUCCAAAAAGAGUUUGGCUCCAGCUAGUGGUAGCAAAGCUCCCGAAAAAGCCCAGAGCAGCCGGAGUGUUGUGACGUUGAAAACCAAGCCUCCGCCACCGCGGACAGAGACUAAUGCCAUUAGGAGGGCUGCGGUUCGAUAUCAAACAACCGCACCAAAUCGACGGGGCCUCAAGAAGCAGACGGGACAAGCGACAAAGAAAACACCAGAGCCCGUUCCAGCCAUGGCACGUGCAGCCAGGACAGUGGACAGUAUGAGGAAGAGAAGCACUUUCAAAGUGACUUGGGAUGCUGACGAGACGAUGGCCGCUUAUCUUCGCGAAAAGGUACGCUGCUUUGACAGGAUUACUCCUGCCUCUGAGGAAUCGAGGCGGCAUCGAGGGGAUGGGGCACCAUGGAUGCCACUUCCAUAG